AUGCCUUCCACAUUAACCUGUACCGCGUGCGCAGUUGCGUUCUCGACGUCGGAGGCGCACAAGGCGCACUAUAAGCUCGACUGGCACAGGUACAACCUGCGGCGAAAAGUCGCCGGACUUGCACCGGUGGAUCAGGGCGGCUUCGACCGACUCCUCGCGGCUGCCCUUGGGCCGGACGCCCCCAAGGCGGACUUCCAAGCGAGAUGUUUGGAAUGCCGCAAGAGCUUCAGGAGUGAAGGCCUGUACAAGCAGCACCUCCAGUCCAAGAAGCACAAGGAAGCAGUAAAGCGCGCAGCAGCGGUAGCGAAACAGGCAGCGACGGCAGCAUCGCCAACCGAUGGUGCGGGUGGGGGCGCUGCCGCUUCCUCUGACCCCGCAGGCGCUGGCAGCGACGACGACGAGGCUGCUGUUCUUCAAAAAAGCGGCAAUGGUACUCGCGGUGCCGGGGCUUCUUCUGCGGUUGCGGCUGUUGCUUCGCCAUCGAAGAGCGGGCUUCGUGGCGGUAGUCCCCAAAAAGAUGCGAUGUCGCAAGAGGAGGAGGAGGAGGAAGAGGAGGAGGAGGAAGAGCUGGCACCACCCCCAAUGGGUCCCUGCGUGUGCAUCUUCUGCGACUUCGUGUCGCCGAGCUUCGAAGAGAACUGCGCCCACAUGCUACGGCACCACGGGUUUUUCAUCCCGGACGUGGAGUACUUGCAGGACCCGGAAGGGUUGGUCGCGUACGUGGAGGAGAAGGUGAAGCUGGGAUUCAUCUGCCUCUACUGCAACGGGAAGGGAAAGACUUUCCACACCUACCGGGCGGUGCAGCAGCACAUGAUCGACCGGGCGCACUGCAAGCUCCUCUACGACGAGGACGAAGACCUGCACGAGUACGAGUCGUUCUACGACUUCUCCGCCUCCUACUUGGAUGCCGAGAAGAGCGGCCUCCUGGCGGCAAACGCCUCCGGUGCCGGCGAUGCUGCUGCUGAUGCUGAUGCUGCUGCUGCUGCUGCUGCCGCCGCCGCUGAAAACAGCGGAGAGGAAAGCGACGGAGAAUCGGUCGAGGUUGCACGCACGCUCGGUGUUACGGAUCUGGGGGAGCUCGUCCUGCUGGACGGGAAAACCGUGGGAAACCGCAAGUGGAACAGGUACUACAAGCAGAGGCUUCGCACUCCGGACGAGCGCGACGUGGUUGUGGCACAAAGGAGGGCGGCCAGGCUGCGACUCGGGGCAAUGUACGACGCCGAGAUGUCCAAGGGGACGUCGACGGGAGGGGCGGUGGCGUUGCAGCGCGGGGAGAGAAAAGCGUUCGGAGGCCUGUCAGGCGUGUCGCGGUCGAAGGACGUCAAGAUGCUGAGGGCGCACCAGCGGAGCCAGGCGCGGGAGAGGUUGAAAACCGAGAUUCGACAGAACAAGCUCAACAAAACCUUCGACAGAAUUAGUGACAUGUAGAGGCCUGAGGCACUUACUAUGCGUACUUGCGUUUGGCCGAAUCGUGGGUGGGAAGGGUAUGUACGACAUAAAUGUGGGACGAGCUUGUUUUAUGCCGACAGGUCGUCGGCCAUAGGUGCGCUGGCAUGUAAUCGUGUUUUUCGAAAAGCUGCGUUGCUUGGAGAACACGCGGUGUAUCGAGUUGUAGUGUAGUUAUGCAUAUCGUGGAGGACUUGUUUGGGUAAGAGAAGCCUGCAUCCAUUGUGUUAAUGACGAGAAGGUGCGACAUGUGUUGUGGGUGUGGGGAUGGCGAGUAGUGCAUCAUUUGUGCGUCAGUCCUUGAAGACAUUGGUGUGACCUAUUUGUUUUGCCCCCCCCCGGUACCCGUCAGAAACCAGAAGCCUCGUUCCUUGUGUUGACGGUCUGGCCGGCGAGAGUUUGAAAAAUUAGCGGGAAGUUGUUUUGGCCCUGGCGUACACACUGCAUCAGGACACAGUGUAGGGGCAAUACGCACCUGAAUUCUGAGUCUGGCUAGUGCCUCAACAAAGCUAGGGAGCCCUCGUCCCACUUUUUGGUUUUUGUGCUGAGCAGAAGCGGGGGGAGGGGUGUAGGGGGGUGGUCCUUGUCCAGUAGAUGCCCGGCCUUUUUCAUGAAAUACUACCGCGUAGUUGAGGACAGCCUUUGUGGUGUGAA